AUGGUGACCAGCAUUCAGAUAACGGCGCUCGACGGCAUCGUCAACGUCAACUCCCUCUUCACCUUCGCCGUCUUCGUCGGCCUCGCCUGGAACCCGACCAGCCCUUCCGACACCCUAAUCACCGACACUGCCUGCACCGCCGGCCGCAGCGUCGGCGAGGCUCUCAUCUCCUUCCACGUCUACUCCUUCAGCUGCUUCCUCUUCUCCAGCUUGGUCGCGCUCGCUCUCAAGCAGGCAAUCCGGAUUUCCCGGACACCCGGCUACUCCAUCACCCAGAACAACCCUUUCCAUCUCCCCGCCGAGUUCCUGGGCCAGGUCAACAAGAACCUCCUCCGGAUCGGAAUGCUCAUCUCCGGCAUCGGAUCUGCUUUCGGGUGCGUGUUUCUGAUGCUGGCUCUGGUCAACGUGGUUCAACUCAAGCUCGGGACGUUGAGCUGCGGCAGCUCCCACACUUACGCCGCAGUCGUCCCUCUGGUGAUUUUUGUUCCCGUUGCUAUCUUGAUCUACUCUUCCCUGGUUCUCUACGCUUUCACUCGCUAG